CCGGCGUGGGUGUCGUUUACAAGGGCGAGGCCGUCACCCGCGGUCGUAUUUGAUAUCAAUCUUAUUAUUGUACCACGUAAAACGUAGACCGCCAAAAUCAUUUUCCUCGACCGUUUUGUAUUUUUAUAUUUUUUUAGAAUUCUAACGACACGAUUUCCGAACAAACUCUUGACGACUUUACAGAAUUCAAUAUCUAUUUUUAUCGUGAAGUCCGUUUUUUCUCGAUACGACGGCAGCGCAUACUCAUCUGUCACAAAUAAAAAUCCGCGUACAUGUGCAGUAUUUUACGCCCUAUUUAGUCGCCAUGUGCCGCGACGUGCCUGAUCACCAAAAUUGUCACAAUAACACUUCUGCGUAACAUAAUAACACAACGUACCGUGGUUCUUGAAGUGAUAUUAAUAUAUACCGCAUACGCGUAAAUUGGAUUACCGCAUUUAUACGCGGCGUUUUUUCAUAGUUUAUCGCGCGUAAUAACACAAUAUAAUAAUAAAUAUAAAUUGUAAUUAUUGUAAGAAGUGCCUUCAUUAUAUGACAAACGCGUAUUAGGUGCCUAUAUUUUCAUUAUUAUAAUAUAAUAUCUCUCGCAACCGGACCGCAACAGUCCUGCAACGAUCGAUGGACAUCAAGGGUAAGGUCGCCAUGGUUACAGGCGGGGCCGCCGGCAUUGGUCGCGCAUACUGCGAGGAGCUGCUGAAAAAUGGAGCCAAAGUAUCCAUAUGUGACAUCAACGAAGAUGUCGGUAUCAAAUUGGCUGACCUAUUAGGCGCAAAGUUUGGAAACGUCAAAGUGAUAUUUUGUCCGUGCGACGUCACCGAUUAUCCACAGUUUCAAGAUGCAUUCCGAAAGACUAUAGCUGCUUUUGGUGGACUUGACAUAGUGGUUAACAAUGCGGGUGUAUUCAACGACCGAUUCUGGGAAUUCGAAGUGGAUGUGAACUUGGUAAUAUGGUACACC